AUGAGCUCCCGUCGUCGGAAUGGGAAACCCGCGUCCUGCGAGCCCUGCCGCAAGGACAAGGUGCGCUGCGACCACGUCCUCCCGGUCUGUUCGCGCUGUCGCCGACGAAAGAUCGCCAAUCGCUGUUUCUACCACCCUGCGCCUCUGACUAGACCCACAGCGGUCGCGACCGACGGUGGAGAUCCGGUCUCGAGUGCGGCGCCCGCCAGGGUAACCUACACGCCGGCAACGACCACCUCGCCCACUCCCGAGGGCCAGGCCGAAGAGCCGUUUUGUCCGUCGGCGACCGACCAGGCGCUUCCUACGGGGUAUCUGGGACCGACGAGCUUCGUUGCGACGUUCGAGGGUGGUCGCGAGUUCGUCUCGAGUCCGAGUGAUGUGUUGCGACAGGAUGGCGCGGAGGGCUCGGCCUCGUUACCGGGUCUCUCGCCGUACUGGGUCCAUAAGGCCAGGGAGGUGUUGGAUUGCUUGAAGGAUUUUUCGACCAUCGCGCAGCUCGUCGACGAGUAUUAUAAUAUCAGCCAGGCGGCGGUUAUUCCGGCCCCGUUGGUCCUGGAGCCCCUGGGUCGCGUGAGGGCCGCCGUCGAGGAGUGGCAGGUUCAUGGCUACCCGGGUGAUUUGGCGACGAGUGUCCUUGCGAAUACGGCCAAGCCGUUGCAGAUCCCGUCGACUAUGGAGGCGAGCCAGUUCUAUGAUAUGUAUACGGGACCGAGACUGCGGUUGGAGAUUGUGGGGGUGAUUUAUGCGAUUGCGGGUCGGACGUCGAUGUUUUCGCUGGCGAGGGAUAGGUUGCCGAGUAGUAAUUGGCUCGUUGUGCGGGAGAAGUUUGCCAGGAGAAUGAUGGUGGCGAGUGAUAUUAUUCUGCAGAUAUGCAGGAUUCUCACGCCGGUGAAUGAUCUGACGGUCUGGUUGAUGUAUGAGAAUUUGCUGCUGGCCAGCGUGGUGCAUGGGGAUUCCAGCUCCGGGAAAUGGCACCGACUGGGUGAUUUGUCCACCCAUAUGUUCGAACUGGGUAUCCAUCGGGAUCCUCAGCAAUUAAGCGAUCUUCCCGUAUUCAUCCUCGAAUCGCGCCGACGCAUUUUUGCUGCCGCGUACCAACUCGAUAAAAGCGUCGCCACCUUCCUUGGACGACCACCGCGGAUAUCGUGGCGACAUUCCGACUGCAGUCUUCCUCUUGAUAUUGCCGAUGAUGCCUUGGUGGGGAGUCCUUCGGAGUUCGAGCUGGCCUCGACUUCUAUUGACAACAAAGGGUGGAACGUACAGACCGUCGUCCAGCGAGCGUCCUGGAUUCGGGUGCGUUUUUUGAUAAGUACAUUUCGAGAGGAGAUCUUAGAACUGUCUUUACAAAGACCGACUCGUGAGAUGGCCGAUCAGUUAAGGGAUAUCUCCUUCCGGUGUCACCAAGCAUGGGACUCGCUGCCGGGUCAUCUGCGUUAUACUCCGGACUGCUGGGACCGCGGGCUUUCCAUCGACAUCUGUCUGAUGCUCUCGGUAUCAUACCUGGCCUACCUGUACAACGACUUUCUCAUUCAAAGGCUGCUCGUCCAGCAGGAUCCCGAAGCCCAGACCACGCUGCUGGAUGUCAGCGCAACCCUUCUAUCCACAGUGCUAUCCUUCGGCAUCCAACGCGAGCACGUAAUUGACAUUCAGCGCGAUUUUAUCUGGACUGUCCUUUUAUACGGUUUCCCCAGCGCCGGUGUCCUAACUAAGGCCCUGCAAAACCAAGCCCGCACCGGCCUUCCCAUCCCCUACAAUGGCUCCCGAUCUCGUCUUAUUCGCGACCUCAGCGUUUUCAUCUCUCAUCUAGAAAACAUGGCGAGGCCCGGUAUUGCGAGCCAUGAGCUGUUUGCGCGGGCCAGCCGCGUCAUGUCAAGUAUCAUCGACGAGAUAUUAGAGACAAGGGAGACUGUUCCGUCCACUAGCUUGGACAGGGGCGCUAUGCCGUCUAUUCUCGACGGGUUCGACAUUUCAGACGAUCUGAAGCUGCUGGACAGUGUGGACUUCGGGGCCGUGUUCGAUCAGUGGAUCUUCUAG